AUGACGAGCGAGAGGCAGCUGUUGGGAAACACGUUGACCAGCUUGUUGACUCCUGAAAGGCCUCUCGCUGCUGCUCCAACGCACUACCGAAGCUUCAUCAACAUCAUCAAGUACAACCCGCUCAACAUCUUGUUGCUCUGCAUUCCGGUCUCUUGGGCUCUUCAUUUUGCUCUCGAUCAAAGUCAGAAGAUUCCUCAGCUGGUCACCUUCAUCAUGUCCUUUUUGGCCAUUAUGCCCCUCGCCGCUCUUCUUUCAUACGGUACAGAGGAGGUAGCGCUGCGUGUAGGCGAGACACUCGGAGGCUUGCUCAAUGCUACGCUCGGAAACGCCGUCGAGCUCAUCGUGGCCAUUCUCGCAUUGAUCCAAUGCCAACUGGUCAUCACUCAGACUUCGCUCAUUGGCAGCAUCUUGUCCAACUUGCUGUUGGUGCUCGGCAUGUGCUUUUUUGUGGGAGGUAUCCGCUUCAAGGAGCAGGAAUUCCAACAGACAGCAGCUCAACUCAAUUCUUCCAUCUUGGCAAUGGCGGUUAUCGCUGUGCUCAUUCCAGCCGGCUUCCACGCCACACUCGACCUCGCUAUCAGCGACGACUUGGAAAGGUCGGAGCUUUUGAAGGUGUCGAGAGGCGUCUCUAUUAUUCUGCUCUUCAUCUAUGCUGGCUACCUCUACUUUCAGUUGAGAUCCCACACGCAUCUCUACGCGUCUGAGGCGGACGAGGAGGAAGAAGUGACACUUUCUCUCCCCAUGGCUGCGGGCCUAUUGGUAGUCUCCACUGUGCUCGUCGGCGUCAGUGCGUAUCUCGUCUUCUCGAAACUGACGAGUCAUUGUUCCCUCGUACUGACAUGUCCACUGGUCUUGAUGACCACAGCAUCCGAAUGGCUCGUGGACGCUAUUGACGGCUUCAGCGACAACUUUGGGGUCCCCAAGACCUGGAUCGGAUUGGUUCUUUUGCCAAUCGUAUCCAACGCCGCAGAGCAUGCCACUGCAGUCACCGCAUCGUACAAGAACAAGAUAGAUUUGGCCAUGGGUGUCGCGGUCGGCUCAAGCAUCCAGAUUGCGAUGUUCGUCAUUCCCUUGCUCGUCGUCAUCGCUUGGGGCCUGGACAAGCCGCUCAGCUUGCUCUUUGAUCCAUUUGUCGCGAUCCUGCUCUUCUUGGCUGUUCUCAUCACAAACUACGCUAUUGCGGAUGGACGCUCGAACUACAUGGAGGGUUGGCUGCUGAUGAACACAUUCAUCAUCAUAGCCUUGGUUGCGUGA